GACGUUCAACGUGUGGGAGCUGUUUCAGAGCGUGGCCAGCGGGCUGCAGCACUGACUCCACUGUGAGCCUGUCAAACACAAGCAACACAGCCGACAUGGCGGACUGGGACGCUGACAAUUUCGAGCCUGAGGAGCCGAUUAAAACGGCGGCAGCGGCAGCAGCAGCAGCAGUGCUGGACAAAUGGGAAGGCGAAGACGAAGAGGAAGAUGUUAAGGACAAUUGGGAUGAUGAGGAGGAAGAGGAGAAAAAAGGAGAGAUAAAAAAGCCUGAGACUAAGGUUUCUGAAAAGAAAAAGUUGAUUGAGAAAAUUAAAGAGAAAGAAAAUCGGUUAAAGAAAAAACAAGAAGAGCUAAAACAGAAGGAGCUGAAGACUGAGCAAGAAGAGCUCACUCCUGAAGAACAGCUCGAAGAGAAGUUAAGAGUGAAGAAAUUACAAGAGGCUGCAGACUUGGAACUUGCAAACGAUGCUUUUGGUGUCACCAAUGUUACUGGGAUCGAUGCCAUGUGUCCAUCGUCCAAAGAGGACUUCACAGAGUUUGAAAAAUUGCUGAAAGAAAAGAUAUCCCAUUUUGAAAAGUCUGUGCAUUAUUCAAGUUUCUUGGAUUCAUUGUUUCGGGAACUCUGUAUUUCAUUGGAAGUAGAGGACUUGAAGAAAGUCAGUAAUUCCCUUUCAGUCCUACUCAGUGAAAAGCAGAAACAAGAAAAACAAAACAAAGGAAAGAAGAAGAAGAAAGGGGUAGUAGCUGGUGGCGGUUUGAAAGCACAGCUGAGAGAUGACCUUGACUAUGCACAGUUUGAUGGUGGUUACGCCCAAGACUAUGAGGACUUCAUGUGACGCUGGCUCCAUCACCACUGCCCUUUUCUUCUCCCACCCUAUAGAAAUCCAGCUCUACCUUCUCAUGCUGUCCAGUGCCAUCCUGGAAAAUCUGAACUAUGUGUUGCCCCCAUCAUUUUGCUUCAAUGACCAGAGGGACUAUACCAGGGAGCAUCCCGUCUCACCAACUCAUUGUGUUCAUACAUAUGGAAUUGCCUUUUGUCUGUCUCAUUCAGCCUCGACUCUCACACACAUACUCAUUAUCUAGUAUCUGUUGGGUGAUCCAGCUUCAAUGGAGAAUACUUUGUAACUGCUGUUGUCUGAGUUUUGCAGGGCUCAUUUUAUAAUGAAUGACGCCUCUGUCAAAAUGGCAGAUAUAGUAUUGCAGUUAUAAGUGUACUGACAUAGAAACACGAGGUUCUAUGCAAAUUCGUAAACCAGAAUGUCAUGUAUAUAUUAUAGGUCUCACUUACCUGUGGUUGGUUUUCUCACAGGGAAGUAUAUAGUAUCUAUAACUUUGGUUGCCAAAAGCAGAACAAUUAUUCAGUACAUUAGUCACCUUUAUCUCUGGAAGGAUUGCAUUGUGUGUGAUGAGUCCGAUGCAUCAUGUAAGUAGUUGUAAUAUUACAGAGAGCACACGACAUUCAUUGUAAGAUAAAAGGGAUAGACGACAAGUGUAAUCGACGUGACUCUAAAACUUCACAGCCAUUCUCUUGAUAACAUCUCUGGAAUAUCCUUGAAAAAUUGAAGCAACGAGUGCUUAUAGAUAUUUUUUGUGCAUGACAAAAGCAAUUUACUAAUUUGAUUUGUACUAAUUCAGAAAAAGUAUGGAUCAGGGAAAUGGAUUUACUUGGUACUCUUGGUCUCCUAAUCAUUGCUUCUGCAGGCUUGUAUCAAGUGUGAUGAGGAGCGGGGGUUUAUGGGCUUCACCCCACCAUGUCUUCAUAUGGGCUACAGUUAGUUGAAAGGGGUGUCUCCUUUUCUUUUGUAACAGCUGACCAGUUUUAAUGUUACAUGGACAAUUGGAUACAUUACAAUAUGGGGAAUACAGCAUCUGCAGUGUUUUAUAAACAUCUAAUUUAAUAAAUCACUGGUCAAAAUGAA